CUUUACCCACUUCUGAAUUAUUAACCUCUCAACAGUUUGCUGAGUGUCCUUUCAGAUCUUUUACUACAUGUGCACAGACGCAAUAAUGUACUGCUGAGGCUAUUGUUUUGUUUUUUAAAUAUAAAGGGGGACCAUGCCAUUCUCUCCUUUUCUGUCUUUGCAGUGUACUUACUCCACAGAAUAGCUGGGCAAUAGGUCCUUGAUUCUCUGACAUCUCAUUUCUUCCUUCAAGGGGAAAAUGAUAAGAAUAGCUAACAUAUAUAAUUUAUACAAUAGAUAAUUUCUCUAAGUCCCUUGCUUUUUUGGAUGAGUCCUAGAGAGGUAGAGUGACUGCCCCAUUUGUGGCCAACCUGGGGCCUGAGCCCAGUUUCCCUGAGUCUUACAUGAGCAGGGCUAUGCAUUUGUUAAGAGUGCCUUCCUAGGAGUCUUACCCUUUAGAUCCAUCCUGACAGCAUCCCUGUGAAGUCAGUGGGGCAGGAAGUAUUGACAAGGCUUGGGGCAUGAAGAGCCUUGCCCCCAGUCAGUGCUGGGAGGGCCUGGAGCCCAGCGCUCUUUUGGUUGAAUUUACUCUAUCCAGCCUUUAUUGAGGGGUUACUGUGUGCCAGCAACCUAGUGGGGCGUUCAGGGCCUGCUGUUGUUGGACAGACAGCCUGGCCGAGGCCCUGCCUGGAGGUGGCCAGGCUCUCCCUUGUGCUCUGGGCAGAGUGGGGCUCCCUAGGGAGACUCACACCGUCCCUAGCAAGGGCCCACACUCCAGACCUGGGACAAGAGAUCGGAGUCCCUGAGGAGCUGUAUGGACGCGCGGUUGGGAGGGAGGAAUCUGUGACCUCAGUUACCCCCACUAACCCCUCACUUCUCAUGACUCUCUCCCCACUCCUACUUCCUGUCUCUCCCUCCCUCCCUCCUUCCUUCUCUAUGUGGCUCUUUGUCCAUUUGUCUCCAUCUGUCUCUCUCUGCAUGUGGUUCCUGCCCCUCUCGCUCUGUUCUGUCACACCAUGGCUGCCCCUUCCUGGUCACAUGUUCUUCAUGCCAAUGCAGGCGUGCUGGUCACCAUGACAACAGAGACAGGCCCCGAUUCUGAGGUGAAGAAGGCUCAGGAAGAGGCCCCGCAGCAGCCUGAGGCUGCCGCUGCCGCUGUGACCACCCCAGUGACCCCAGCAGGCCACGGCCACCCGGAGGCCAACUCCAAUGAAAAGCAUCCGCCCCAGCAGGACACUCGGCCUGCUGAACAGAGCCUAGACAUGGAGGAGAAGGACAACGGGGAGGCGGACGGCCUGUCAGAGAGGACCACGCCCAGCAAGGCCCAGAAGUCGCCCCAGAAGAUCGCCAAGAAAUACAAGAGUGCCAUCUGCCGAGUCACCCUGCUCGAUGCCUCUGAGUAUGAAUGCGAGGUGGAGAAACAUGGCCGGGGCCAGGUGCUGUUUGACCUGGUCUGUGAGCACCUCAACCUCCUGGAGAAGGACUACUUUGGCCUGACCUUCUGUGACGCUGAUAGCCAGAAGAACUGGCUGGAUCCCUCCAAGGAAAUCAAGAAGCAGAUCCGGAGCAGCCCCUGGAAUUUUGCCUUCACAGUCAAGUUCUACCCCCCUGACCCUGCCCAGCUGACGGAAGAUAUCACGAGAUACUACCUGUGCCUGCAGCUGCGGGCAGACAUCAUCACAGGCCGACUGCCUUGCUCCUUCGUCACGCAUGCCCUGCUGGGCUCCUACGCCGUGCAGGCUGAGCUGGGCGACUACGACGCCGAGGAGCACGUGGGCAACUAUGCCAGUGAGCUCCGCUUCGCCCCUAACCAGACCCGAGAACUGGAGGAGAGGGUCAUGGAGCUGCACAGGACAUACAGGGGCAUGACCCCAGGAGAAGCCGAAAUCCACUUCCUAGAGAACGCCAAGAAGCUGUCCAUGUACGGAGUAGACCUGCACCAUGCCAAGGACUCUGAGGGCAUUGACAUUAUGUUAGGCGUCUGUGCCAACGGCCUGCUCAUCUACCGGGACCGGCUGAGGAUCAACCGCUUCGCUUGGCCCAAGAUUCUCAAGAUCUCCUACAAGAGAAGCAACUUCUACAUCAAGAUCCGGCCUGGGGAGUAUGAGCAGUUUGAGAGCACAAUUGGCUUUAAGCUCCCGAACCACCGGUCGGCCAAGAGACUGUGGAAGGUCUGCAUUGAGCACCACACCUUCUUCCGGCUGGUGUCCCCCGAGCCCCCACCCAAGGGCUUCCUGGUGAUGGGCUCCAAGUUCCGGUAUAGUGGGAGAACCCAGGCACAGACCCGCCAGGCCAGCGCCCUCAUUGACCGGCCCGCACCCUUCUUCGAGCGUUCCUCCAGCAAACGGUACACCAUGUCCCGCAGCCUUGAUGGAGCAGAGUUCUCCCGCCCAGCCUCGGUCAGUGAGAAUCAUGACGCAGGUCCUGAUGGUGACAAGCGGGAGGAAGAUGGCGAAUCUGGGGGACAGCGGUCAGAGGCUGAGGAGGGAGAGGUCAGGACCCCCACCAAGAUCAAGGAGCUGAAGUUCUUAGACAAGCCAGAGGAUGUCUUGCUGAAGCACCAGGCCAGCAUCAACGAGCUCAAGAGGACCCUGAAGGAACCCAACAGCAAACUCAUCCACCGGGAUCGAGACUGGGAGCGGGAGCGCAGGCUGCCCUCCUCGCCUGCCUCCCCCUCCCCCAAGGGCACCCCUGAGAAAGCCAGUGAGCGAGCAGGGCUGAGGGAGGGCUCGGAGGAGAAAGUGAAGCCGCCGCGCCCCAGGGCCCCAGAGAGCGACACGGGGGACGAAGACCAGGACCAGGAGAGGGACGCGGUGCUCCUGAAGGACAGCCACCUGGCCAUCGAGCGCAAGUGCUCCAGCAUCACCGUCAGCUCCACGUCCAGCCUAGAGGCGGAGGUCGACUUCACGGUCAUCGGUGACUACCACGGCAGCGCCUUCGAGGACUUCUCCCGCAGCCUUCCUGAGCUCGACCGAGACAAAAGCGACUCAGAAACGGAGGGCCUGGUGUUCUCCCGGGACCUCAGCAAGAGGGGCCCCAGCCAGGACGACGAGUCCGGGGGCAUCGAGGACAGCCCGGAUCGAGGGGCCUGCUCCACCCCGGACAUGCCCCAGUUUGAGCCCGUGAAAACGGAAACCAUGACAGUCAGCAGCCUGGCCAUCAGGAAGAAAAUCGAGCCAGAGGCCGUCCUGCAAACCAGAGUCACCGCUGUGGACGCCCAGGUCGAUGGGACUGCCUCAGGGGGGAAGGAGUUCAUACCAACUGCUCCCUCUAUUACCACGGAGACCAUAUCAACCACCAUGGAGAACAGUCUCAAGUCCGGGAAGGGGGCAGCUGCCAUGAUCCCAGGCCCACAGACGGUGGCCACGGAAAUCCGUUCUCUUUCUCCGAUCAUCGGGAAAGAUGUCCUCACCAGCACCUACGGCGCCACCGCGGAAACCCUCUCCACCUCCACCACCACCCAUGUCACCAAAACUGUGAAAGGCGGGUUUUCUGAGACCAGGAUCGAGAAGCGAAUCAUCAUCACUGGAGACGAAGAUGUUGACCAAGACCAGGCCCUGGCUUUGGCCAUCAAGGAGGCCAAACUUCAGCAUCCUGACAUGCUGGUAACCAAAGCUGUCGUAUACAGAGAAACAGACCCAUCCCCGGAGGAGAGGGACAGGAAGCCACAGGAAUCCUGACCUCUGUGAAGAGAUGCUGGCGUGUCUGGUCCAACCCAAGCCAGAGAACCGCUAAGAAGGGGCCUUCGUUCUGGAUUCUCCAACUCAACACCGCUGUCCCAGCUGCGACGUACUGUCCCUGACGAGAGACUGGGAAAGGAAAAGCAUAUAUAUAUAUAGAUAUAUAUAGAUAUAGAUAUAUAUACAGGAAACACUGCAUCCUUGCACUGCUUCUGGGGCUGGCCGAGCUGUCGGCCAACAGCAACAACCAACAUCUGAACACUUACAUUUCCUUUGCAGACAAAGUGAAGAACUGGUGGGAUUUUUCAGGAAAAAAAAGUUAUAAUGCCAAUAAUCCCUCGCUCUCCCCCUUGGAAGUCCUGCGGAGCAACAUGAGCAAGCCAGACCACGACGAUGGUAGAAGCGCGGUCCCACUGUGCGCACACGGAGUGGACGGACAUCCCCUUUGUUCUCUGGUGUCUGUUGCCCACCCAAGGGCAAAGGAAAACUCUUUUGCAGCAAAGCAAGAUAAGCCACAGCAGCAAGACAUGCACCGCCAACCGUUUUCCAAGAAAGAAAGGACAUCCCCAGUUGGAAAGGAGGAGGAACACUGGAUUGUUACUUUAUGGUUCUUGACACUGGGCUGCAAAAUCCACCUUCCUUUCUUCCGCCUCCCCUCCCCCUCACAAGUCUUGUCAUUUUCUGUCUCGGCUCCCUCCUCCCUCUCUCCCAGUCCUGCACCCCUCGCCCUGUGUGUCCGGGUCCUGCUGAGGGCCACUGCAGAUGAUUCUCAUUUGAAAUGAGAAAAAGAAGGAAGCAGGAAUGGAAAACCACGCCGCAGGAAGGGAAGUAGACAUUGUAUGUUUAUGGUUCUCAUUAUGAAGGUGCAGCUUGUAGGAGAUUUGUAUGGAUGUGCUUUUAAGUUAUGUAUAUUACAUAUAACGGGAAACAAAUAUUAAAAUAAACAGUGCUGGUAAGUAUGAAGCUGACAUUUUAAAAGUAUAAUUAUCUGACUGUGAUUGAUGUAUCCCAAGGUUCCUAGAUCUCACUGGACCGGCCCAGCCUAGGAGACCUGGACUCUGGCUGUGGGCUGCUCACAGUAGGAGCUGGUGGUUCAGUGUAGUAAUACAGUGUGUGGUGUUUGUCAUUGGUUGAUUGGUGGGAGGGGAGGGGUCCCCAAAUGGAGAGGCAGGGGUUUUUCAAGAAGGAAGCAACACAGAUGUGGUCCAAGAUGCCUUCUCCCCUGGGCAGUAGCAACCAGGGCCUGGUCUGUGCUCAGGUGUGGGGUCCAGAGGUAGGAUUUUGCUGCAGAUCCCCUGGCUCAAUCCCCCUACCUCCCUAAGGGGGCUUGCCUCCGUUUUCAGUCCUGUAUUUUUUUUGCCAUGUCUUGCCUUUCCCUGACUGAAUCCUGAGAGCUGACUCCCCAUCCCAAGGGAGGCGAUGCCCCUGGCCACUGGAGAGGAUGGUGGUUUAACCUGGCUGGCUGAAGAUUCCCACUCAGCCUUUUCCUCUUAUCACUCCUGUAUUCUGUCUGAAGCAUUCUCUUCUUCCUGGGCCAGAGCAGCCAUGGUAGAGACCCUGAGCACAAGGUAGGCCCUGACAGGUCAAAGGUGCAUUCCCGAAGGCUCUGCCUGCCCAGGACACACUGAGGAGGAGAGCUGGUGCUGCUCAGUCUCCAUCUGUGUGUAAGACCCUGGUUUUGGAGACCUCCCCUUUGGUCAGCAUCUGAGCUCUUAGCCUGAGUCCUCAGAGUCCCAGAAAUUGCCUUGAGACUGCAGAAGCCCUUGGAGAAAUCCCAUCCAAAGCCUAACAUUGACCUCUGGCACAAAGGGGCUUUCCCAGGCUUUCCUGCCACAAGCACGCCCCUGAGCUCAGUGAGUCCCCUCUGAGGGAGUGUGUCCCCACGGCACUUUAAUUUCUCAGUCCCAUCUCACCUCCCUGCUCUGUUUCUAAAGCAGUCCAUAAAUUCACUCAACAAAAACAUUGAGUACCUACCAUGCCCGGCACUAUUCUUGGACUGAAAGAGAGGAUGUGGGGGGUAUGGAGGCCCCUGGGAAUCCCCCUGAGCCAGCCUUACCCUUCAACCAUGGCUGGCCCCUCUGAGAGCAUUUCCACAUUCUCUCCAGGGAUGCCCUCCAGAGGGCCCAGGCUUGCUUACCAGUCACCCCAAGGAUACAAAUAUGCUUAGCUGGUGCUGACCUGAGGCAGAACAAAAAACCAGAAUAGUGUGCCUCUGUAGACAAAAAUGGGAUGGAGGGAGGGCAGAGAGCCCUGAGCAGGGGGAUCAGAUGGCAGAGUCAGCCACACCCCAGCUGGCUGGUGGUCUGCUCCAGGCCCGAGUGUGACAGCACAGCCUCCACUCUCCACUCACCAGGUUCUUUUUACAUUCCUGGUAAAGGAGCCGCAGAACCUCCCAUUCUCCCUUCUCAGCCUGAGAGCUCCCACUCCUUCUGGGCCAAAAGCUGGAGAGGCUUCCCCCUGUCUGAGCCACCCAGAAUUUGGCUCAGGCACCCCACCUUUGCCGGAACCAGGCAUCCUGAACACACUUCAGAGGGAGGGUAUUUUUUCUGGGUUCUACACCUGCCUGCAGACCCUGGGUGCGUGGCUUCAGUGCAGGGAUGAAAUGGCCGGGCCUCGCUCGUGGCCCAUCGGGGUUUGUGGAGAUUUCUGCCCCUCGGAUGCUCUGACCUUCCUUCCACGGAGUUGGGCAGCGCCACCGGGGAGAGGGGGAGCUGCAGAGCUAAAUCUAGGGCACUGUUUCCUCCCCAUCCCCCUCUUUGCAGAAUAUAGACGUUUGUCUUGUCUGUCUUCAACCUACUUUUCUUUUUUUUAUAUUUGUCAUCCUUUCUGUGCUGCCUCUCCACCCAAGAGACCAUGCAGCGUAGUGGAAAAAGCUCCAGAGGGCAGUCAGGAGGACCGUGUGGCCAUGGGCUCAGCGCCUAGCUCACCACGUGGCUCCGUGACACUGAGCCAGCCCCGUGCCCGCGUUGGGGCCUCAGUUUCCACACUUGUAAAAUGACUUGGGUAAACCAGAUGCUCUCCAGGGUCUUUUUUCCGCUCUGCCCUCCAGAUUUUCUUUUCUUUUUUAAUUUUUUUCUCUCUCUCUCGGGAUCUUUUCCAUCUGAGGGUACAGGAAGUGCCAGGACCUGUUUCAGUGUUUGAAUCCUGCAAGCACAUUCCAAGACUGGUCUGAAAUUGCAUGAGCAACAUCACUCUAAUUUUUUUUUUUCCCAAAAGCACCUUACCAACCAACUGCAAUGCUGUCCUGUUCCUUUUAACUCACACCCCUCUCCUCUCUGGUCCCCAUGCUCCCCCACCUCAGUGCUCCGUGCUGUAUGCGUGUGCUCUCUGUUCUUGUAUACUCAAUAAAAGUGAAAUAAAUGUGUUUGAUGCUGAACCA